UUCUCCUCCACGAAGGAAACUUUCCCGAUUGGUUCCAAGGCUUCACCACCAGGAAGGAAGCAGAGGAUCAGCUGAGAGACAAGCCUCCGGGAUGUUUUCUCAUCAGACUCAGUGACAAAGCCGUAGGAUACAUCCUCUCAUACAAGUGAUUCCUCGUACUGGUUUGGUUACCUUGGUUACCUAAGACACUUCAUAACAAAACAACAACAAAAAAAUGUAACGAAAUGUGCAGCUUAGCCUACAGUGGGUUGGGAAAGGUUUUAAAGAUUGCAAUUGCAUGUGUUUUUUUCUUCCCCAGAAGGUUAUGUUCAAUAGAAGGAAUAAACAGGAAGUCUGUUUAGAUUGUUCACACACUGUUACACCAAAACAAGGUUUGUAGUCAGUAUUGUAUCUUCUCAUGCCGUCACAUCUCUCUUCACUCAACCUGUACUCUUCCUCAGAGGACAAGAUCGCUGCCGCCAUUUUGUGAUCAACCAGGACCAAGCUGGGCUGUUCGCUAUCUCCGGGGACGACCAGCCUCACCACAGCCUCACAGAACUGAUAGAGCACUACAGAGUCCAUCCCAUCCAGCCCUUUGGAGAGUCCCUCACCUCUACGUACUGUUGUCAGUCAAGCUCAGGAGAGCUGUAUGAUGUGGUGCAGUUCGAGGCCAAAGAGAAGAAGAAGACCGGUGGGGUCAGUGUCCGAGCCCUGAGAAGUUACUGGGACCAGCAGAACGAACAGAAGAAUAACCAACACCAACAGAAUGACCAUCAAAAGGACCAUCACAAUGACCCACGGAAUGACCCACGGAAUGACCCACGGAAUGACCCACGGAAUGACCCACGGAAUGAGCCACGGAAUGACCCACCAGCACCAAUGGAAUGACCUGCCGCCAACUAGGCAGCCCCCUGCAGUGCCACCCGUGCUGCCGCCCAAAACCAACAACAGGAAGUUGACAUCAACAGUAUCCAUUGGCAGGAAGUCCCUCCCACAGCAAGCAGUACCUCCAGUCCCAAGGCGAGGCCCACCUCUGACCCACUCUCUGAGUGGAACCUUGUCUGACAAGAGCACGUCUCAAACCCAAUACGCUGAGAUACAUCAUGACCACAACAAGACCACAUCUCACGGUCAAACCCAAUACGCUGAGAUACAUCAUGACCAAACCAAGACCACAUCUCACGGUCAAACCCAAUACGCUGAGAUACAUCAUGACCACAACAAGACCACAUCUCACGGUCAAACCCAAUACGCUGAGAUACAUCAUGACCACAACAAGACCACAUCUCACGGUCAAACCCAAUACGCUGAGAUACAUCAUGACCAAAUCAAGACCACAUCUCACGGUCAAACCCAAUACGCUGUGAUACAUCAUGACCAAACCAAGACCACAUCUCACGGUCAAACCCAAUACGCUGAGAUACAUGGUAACCACAACAAGACCACAUCUCACGGUCAAACCCAAUACGCAGAACUACAUCAUGUCCAAACCAAGACCAAAUCUCAUGGUCAAACCCAAUACGCAGAAAUACACACGAACCAGAACAAAGUGGAGAGACUGGCCAGUACUGGGAGUCUGAACCAGAGGAGAAGCACUGGUCCCUGGUCCUUCAAUAACACCUCCACAGCAGCAGGAGGAGUCAUGUACUCUGAGCUGACCCUGCCAGAUGGACGGAGCCGCUCUCUACCCCGCCUGGACGACGCCACGGAGGAGGAGGAGGAGGAGGAGGAGGAGGGGUACUCCGACAGGAUAACCAUCCCUUGCUUCCCCAACACCUCUCACUCCCCCAAUCCCCCCGAGAGGGUCACCUGCCACGCCUACUCUCUUCAGGACCCCAGGGAAAGCCCCCGGCCACAGAUCCACGGUGGACCACAAAGCCUGGAUCAGCUGAGCAUCAACCCACUGUACCAGGCCUCUGUCAGGCUUGGUGAGGCCCGGGACGCCCCCUGGAAGGUACCACAGAAGCAGAGAGAAGGGGACCGUGGCAGAAGCCCCCAGGACCAGACUACCCAACAGGAGGAGAGUAUGUAUGCAGAGGUUCCAGAGGGGCCAUCUCCUCCCCGUCAUCUGAUUACUGACAACACCUAUGAGCAGAUCCCAGGGGACGGUGGCCUAAAGAGGACACAAAGCACAGCCACAGACCAGGAGGGAAACACCUAUGAGAUGCUGGAGAACCUGAAGUCCAAGGAGUCUACUUGGGGCAAGAAGAAUAUCACAUGGAGAAAAUUAUUCCCUGAAUACAAGAAGAAAUAGCAGCACCCUGCAGAUUCAGCAACAAACCAAUCAGCACCCUGCAGAUUCAGCAACAAACCAAUCAGCACCCUGCAGAUUCAGCAACAAACCAAUCAGCACCCUGCAGAUUCAGCAACAAACCAAUCAGCACCCUGCAGAUUCAGCAACAAACCAAUCAGCACCCUGCAGAUUCAGCAACAAACCAAUCAGCACCCUGCAGAUUCAGCAACAAACCAAUCAGCACCCUGCAGAUUCAGCAACAAACCAAUCAGCACCCUGCAGAUUCAGCAACAAACCAAUCAGCACCCUGCAGAUUCAGCAGGAAGACAAUUCUUUGGUCAAUGUUAUUGUAUUUAGGAAAUGUGUAGACUUGUGUUAUCUCUGUGUUAAAUGUGUUUUAUUAGCAAAUAUAAAUGAAAUGCAUUUUCCCUUAUCUCCACAUUGAUUGUACUUGGAAAUUGAAACUCAAGCUGUCUUGAGCAGAGAGAGAGAGAGAAACUAGUGAAGCUAUACACUGAGUGUACAAAGCAUCAUUGAGUUGCACCCCCUUUUAACCCACAGAACAGCCUCAAUUCAUCGCGGCGUGGGACUCUACAAGGUGUUGAAAGCCUUCCACAGGGACUCUACAAGGUGUUGAAAGCCUUCCACAGGGUCUCUACAAGGUGUUGAAAGCCUUCCACAGGGACUCUACAAGGUGUUGAAAGCCUUCCACAGGGUCUCUACAAGGUGUUGAAAGCCUUCCACAGGGUCUCUACAAGGUGUUGAAAGCCUUCCACAGGGUCUCUACAAGGUGUUGAAAGCCUUCCACAGGGUCUCUACAAGGUGUUGAAAGCCUUCCACAGGGUCUCUACAAGGUGUUGAAAGCCUUCCACAGGGUCUCUACAAGGUGUUGAAAGCC